AUGACUUUGGAAUCGACCAGUCCGGUUCUCCAGUUCUUGGAGGUUUUUAAGGUGGCGGUGGUGACCAAUCAGUACCGGUCUCGUUGGCCCAGGGAACUGGACCUGGAACCAGGAGACCUGAUCCAGGUUCUGGUUCGGACGCCUGAAGAACGGAGAGGAGGGAUACUUCACAUCGGCCUGCGUGGAGCUGGUGCAGACCUACAGAUCCACCAGAGAUCCAGUUCCGAAUGGGAACCCAACCGGGUCAGAAGUUCCAGAGUUCAUGGAGGUUCUGGGCUCACAGCUCCGAGGGCUGUGGGUGAGCAGACAGGAGUGGAACCAGCAGGCCACACACCUGAGAUCUUCACUUCCUGUGUCCUUUACUUCCUGUUCCCUCACUUCCUGUCGCUGAUGAGGACAGGGCGGAGCUUCAUCUGGAGCCACGCCCACUCUGCUGAGGAGGGGUUCUGUUCCUGCCAUGGUUCAGAUGCACAGCGCCCCCUGUGGCUGCACCAGUUGCAGUGGCCGCAGCACGCCCCGACUGCUGAGGAAGGCUGGCCCCCCCCCCUGGCUCCGCCCACCGUGGCUCCGCCCACCGUGGCUCCGCCCCCUCCGGCUUCCUCUGCUGAGUCCUUACCCAGUCCAGGAGGAAGAGCUGCUGCCCCCUGCUGGGACGGCUGCAGGGCGACACCAGCGCCGACAACAACGCCUUCCAGCCCGACUAGACCAGAACCAGAACCAGAAUCAGGGGGGCUGACUCUGGGUCUGAUCCUGGUUUUGAUCUUGGGUCCGAUACAGGAAGUUUGGUUCUGGUGCAUUCUGACUCUCAUCCAGAACUGUCAGAGUGUUGAAGGUCCAAGUCCAGCCUUGACCUGGACCGACCCGAGUCUGGUUCUGAAGAACCAAAGAGUUGUUUUCAUCAGAAGCGCUAACCGGACCUCGGUUCUGGAACAGAGGCACACGGAGAACAGUCCGAGUGUUUCCAUCUGGUCCUUUAUUCUCACAAGAAAUCAUCAGAAUCACAGCCAGAACCAGGUCCGUUCGGGUCCCAUAGAAACUGGACUUUCACACAGAACUUCAUCUGUACUGGUUCUGUCCUAAACAAAGUUCUCCAUGUGUUCUGAACAUACAAAUAAAGAUUUAAUCAUAUAAAUCAUUAAAUUGUGAAUAAUCUUGUCUGAUUCAAGGUUCUGCUUCGAUCGGUUCCGAUCCAAAGUGCAAAGCUUAAAGAUAAAGUGCCGUCAGAAAUAAAGAAAAGUCCCUGAAGUGGGUCGGUUCCGAUCCGGUCCAUGAGCAGCACUUCCCCCGGGAUCACAGCAACGUUCCAAGAAAGAAAGAAACAGAAUAAAUGUCCAGAGAUAAAAACUGGAUCUAAAGGCCAGGCGGCGACCCGGUCCGGGCCGCCGAUCAGAACCGACCCGGAACUCGUCUCCUUCUGGUCGGAUUAAACAAGAAAAGAAGAAAAAAAAUUCCCCAAACAAAGAAAUAAAACAUCAGAGAAACUGAUGAGGUAGCAGGAAACGACAAGAAAUCCUCUCUUCUGAUUGGCUGCCUGGACGACGAGGGGAGGAGGAGGAGGAGUCAUCUUCAUCCCUCGAGGCGAAGGUCACCUGGGUUCUUCUCCGUUCUGGAACACAAGAACAUCGGAUCAGUAGG